GCCUCUUCACUGAUAAUAUAUAAAAGGUUAGGGUAGAUUUCAUUCAGUUCAAAUCUUAAUUAUCACGGUCAACAAAUUCAUAAAAAUAUGGCAACACUAUUUUAUACCAGUGCUAGUUUUAUUCUUGCGGGACUAUCACUCCAUUUAACUACAGCAGAAAACAUUGCCUUUCAUGUACGUGGAGGGUCCGUUCUACUGAAUGACGGAAAUGGAUUCAAGUCUGACUAUCCUGGCUAUUUUUCUGCACCUGUUUCCGGCGUCUACCAUUUCAAAGUACAUUUCUGUCAAUCCUCACCAACACAUCUGUUACUAAAGAAAGGGUAUCAACUCCUUGAAUCUAGCACGACCAUCGAAGCGUGUGAUUCUUUCACCACUAUUGCUAAAGUUCAAAAGAAUGAAAGUGUAUCUUUGGAGUCUCAGUCUCUCUAUGGUAACUAUUUCCCGGAUGAUAAUAUUGGAUACUCGUUUAUGGGGUUUCUUCUAUAUGAAAUAUAGAUCAAUGUGACAAAAGCAGUUUGGACUUGACACAUCAAAGGUGUUGUACAUACACAAGCAUUUGUAAUGUAAUAAAACACUUACCAAGAAAAUAUGUCAUAAUCGCUUUUCUUAAGGAAAUCUUAUCUUAAAGUCUUAAUUGUCAUUUUCGGAAUUCAAGUAUUUUAGUUGUCAAUUUUCUUGUGUAUAAUACUAAUAAUAAACAAUAUAUCCCGAUAAUAGUCUUUGUGUCUUACACC